AGGAGCCUGACCCGCCUGAUCCUUAAGUGUAAAAAACAACCCUGUAGAAGAUGUCUUUGACUUCUGUCAACUGCCGACACCUGGCCUCUGAGUAGUCGGUAUUGACUUUACUUCGCAGGAACAAAUUGCCGUUCGGUCUCAAGCAAAGACAAAGCUCUUGGCUAUACUCGGAUAAGACAUCGUGAUCGGCUUUUGUCAGCUGCUAGCUGGUCAACAUCGGUACUGCGACGGUGAAGCCGCUUUUCGAUCUCACAUUGGAUCACAGACUCGGGUCUCAAUUAUAUCUGUUGCGAGGAGGUGAUGCUCCUGAGCACCGUUCGGAAGAAACGAAACAAGGCUGACGGUAAACAUCAACUUACUUCAACAUGUUGCCGAUUCGGCUCUGGCUGUGCGGCUCCUUUAUUAGCAGGGCAAAGCGCCAGUGUGCGUACGUCCAUACAUGGUGGUAUACCGCACUAGGGCCGUACACAUUGAGUCCUGAUCGUGAUCGUAUUACUCUCGCUGACGAUAAACAUUCAGAUUCACCGCGUCGUGCCUUUUUUCCAUAAAUGCAGGGGUUUCCAAUAAAGUUAAAGUAUUGUGGUCAUCGUGAAAUUUGCAUUUGCUCUUGUCAAAUCGCAAAGAAGGAUGAUGUUGUCACGACUGCCACCAUAGCCUUUGUUUUCGAAAGAAGAGAAUGAAGGGCAAAGUUACAUUUUAUCCGUGUAGAAGUCUAAUUCAAAGAAUUUGACAACAGAAAAGACCACGCGGGGGUCGUUUUUUCUGCAGUAGAAUUUUUGCGACCGUAUUUUAGUAGAUUCUAUCUUCUUAGAAGCGCGGCGUGACCUUGUCAAGAUGGGCAGCUGUUUUUCCGUUUGGAACAAGGAGGGCACGCAGCACAUAAUCGGCGACGGGGGGCAGCAACAAGAGAGCGGCGUAGAGGCUCUCAUUUGCCUUCUGCAAAUCCUGCUUUUUUUGCUCCCGCUGUUCUCCUUGUGCAACCGGCAGUGGUCCGUGACACUGAUCGAAUGGAACGCCCGGGUGCUGGGCAAGGCCCGACAAGACCAGGACGAUGACGAGUCAACAGACGAGGAGGAGACUGGGGCGAUCGCUGGAUCAGUACAGGUAGUCUUUAAAAUCACCCUCAAAAGGACCCUGUUUCCUGUAUUCACAAACAAGAAAGUUGCAGCUUUUCCUUUUGAUCCAGUUUCAGCAUUCAUUUGUUUUUUUUUCAUAUAUUAGAUACCUCUUUUUUUUGUUGUUACGACCCCGCUCAGAUUCAUUUCAAACUAACAUCGUUUUGACAGAACGACCUCCCUCCAAUCGGCCUGACUUUGAUGUUGCAGCAGAGCGCGGGCUGGACGCUGUAUUUCGGGCUGCUACUAUGGAAGAACGGUGUACGUGCAGACAUAGCCCCAAUGAUUACCAUGGCCGUCGGCUUUGUACUGUCCUUGUGCUACAUUGUCUACUACGGCUGCCGCGUCAUGAUCCCGAGUCUCUACAAAGCACAGUUUCAGUGUCAGCUCGGCCUCGUCACCUUCCUCCUCUGCUUGCAGCUGAUCUUCUUCGGCACGCAGCUGCAAAACACAUCAGGGUAUGUACAGUAUCAGUUUAAGUACUUUUUUUUGUGUUGGUGACGAAAAUCGAAGAGUGCUCAUGCUGAUGCUUUCUAUCUCCAUGUUGGCAGAGAUUUAGCUGGUAUCUUUAUCAGUGCGUCUUUGAUGAAGCGAACAAGCGAACUUUUAUCCAAGAUGUUGACAACGAAAAAAUACAUUGCGUAUAACAGCGUUUUCAUGAUCGUUCUGUUACUGCCCGUGCUGGUUUCGCCGCUGUUCCUUAUCAUCCGAACCUGUCAAUCCUGCGACACGCGUACGUUUGGGCCGACGUUGGGACCCACUUUUCUCGUGUUGCUGCAGUCCACCGGGUGGGCCUUUCUCGGAGCCGUACUGUGGGCAGACUGGUACGUUUUCCUGUACUUUCUGGCUGUCGCGGUUAUGCAUUUCAUCGUUUUGGUCUUCUGGGGGUGCGCAUUCUGCUGUAGCGGUUGCAGUGUGAGAGGAGACGCACCAAGACGAGGCUACAAGCCAGACGAAUUUGCACGUAUAUUCGACAAGGACCGAAAAUCUGCUUUGAAAAUUUAGACAAUGCAAAUGUAGUGGCUUUCAACUGGCCAGAAUUCAUUCGAAGAACAAUUGGAUGGCACAUAUAAACAGAAAUUGAAAACGAAAAUUAGCAAUGCCUGCAAUGAUCUUCCCAAUGCGCGCUAUCCGCAACUUACUUUGUUAACGGCUGCGCCGUGCUGCGAUUUGCUUGAAGCGCAUUCCGUUCCAAUCGAGGCGUUUGUAUAUGUUUCGUAUUUGGUGGAUAAAAUAGAAGUUGAAAUUGAGUCCUGUUUUGUUUGGACUUCAACGUUAACCCCUAUACUAUGCAUAGUAUUUUUCGCUUCUUUUUCUUGUGACUGUGAGGAGAAGUGGAGCAUUUUUGAAAUUAACCGAUGCAGCAUGAUCGCGCGCUCGGUCUGGUGAAACUAUCUCAACCUCGGAAAGUCGCCUCUACACAAGAACCAUGACUACCAUAGAAAAUUGAAAAGUCUCCGCAAGUUCCAUCCGAAUGGCAUCGGCAUGCAGGUACAUAAAAAAUUUCGUAGAAAAUCAUCCCUCUACUCCUUUGAUGGGGAAAGCAGGAAGGUUGCAACUGGAGAAAUAUUCGAGGAAAAGAGUCAUGGAGUAGACAAAGUUAAGCACCGUAUGUGCCGGAGGCGAAUGCAACUACUGAUUACCAUUGAAAAGCAUAGAUUCGCACCUGUACACGAGUUUUGUUUUGCUGUUGCCGCAGAAUAAGCUGUCCCUCUCGUUGCAAGAGGAAGAAACAGUAUUAAGUGCUGGCCUGCCAGGAGUUUUGCAGCCGAA